GGAGCCUGUCACCCUCCCGCCUGCCUGCAGUGCCUCCAUUACCGCUUCUUCGAGGAGUGGAGAGGAGGCAUUUGGGGACUCCCACCCUCAUCCACCCCCCAUUUUGAGGACUGGGUGGAGCUGGGAGGGCCCAGCGGCCGAGAGGGGAGAGAAGGAGGGGAGGGAGGAAGGGUAGGCGGGGCCCCUCCUUGGUGGCCUCUUGCCUGGUGGGCAGGGAGGCCCCAGGCCAUUCGGCUCCUGGACAGCAGCAGAGGCAGCAGCAGCGCCGGGGCCAUGGCAGAGGACGGGCCGAAGCAGCCGCAGAUCAGCAUGCCACUGGUCCAGGACGAGGCCCUGACCAAGCAGAUGCGGCUGCGCGUGGAGAGCCUGAAGCAGCGCGGGGAGAAGCGCCAGGACGGGGAGAAGCUGCUGCGGCCGGCGGAGUUCGUGUACCGUCUCGACUUCAUCCAGCAGCAGAAGCUGCAGUUUGAGCGCUGGGAUGUUCUGCUGGACAAGCCGGGCAAGGUCACCAUCACGGGCACCUCCCAGAACUGGACGCCCGACCUCACCAACCUCAUGACGCGCCAGCUGCUGGAACCUGCGGCCAUCUUCUGGCGCAUGGAAGGCUCGGAUGCCGUGGAUUGGAACGAGGCCGACGCCCUGGAGUUCGGGGAGCGCCUGUCGGAACUGGCCAAGAUCCGCAAGGCCAUGUACUUCCUCAUCACCUUCGGCGAGGGCAUGGAGCCCGCCAACCUCAAGGCCUCCGUGGUCUUUAACCAGCUCUGAGGCAGCUGCCCACUGCUGCCCCCUGCUCUUGCCCAUCUGCCCUGCCCCCUGCUCCCGCCCCCAGGUGUGUAUUUGGGGACCUGUUUCUAGUUGCUGUCCUGUGCUCAGCGUGGCCAGGACCCC